AUGCUCGCCCUCAGCCCCGUAACAAAGCCCAAGGCCCAUGAUGCUGCCGAGUCUCCGGAGCAUCACGUGCUCCCGCCCAGCACCGGGCAGGCUGCAUUGGGCUGGGCCUCGUACCUGCCGUCGUGGGCGCCGUCUCCGGGAAGGAGCCGCCCGUCGCUGAGGAAAGAGGCGGCUGCCGGAUUCCGCAACCCGUGGCCAUCCUGGCACAAACCAACACUUACCGAGCUGUGGGAAAAUUGUCAAUGGGGCGAAAGCAACGACGGCUGUGUCGAGCUUGCCGAAUCCCAUCUCGCCGACGAUCCAGCACCGCAGAAACCUGAGCCGAGCCGGCUUCCCCGCUUCAGCGAUGUUAACGACUGGCCCAACUCGCCGGGCGCGAAAGCGGCCCGGUUGCUGUGCAUCGAGGACCCGGACUUCACCUUUCCGGCCGGCAGCAAAGCCAAGGUGACAUGGCUCGGACACGCAGCUGUGCUCGUCCAGCUCCCGCCGCUGGAAUCAAGGAACAGCCGGCCGGUGCGGUGCCUCUUUGACCCCAUGUUCUCAAUGCGUGCGUCGCCCAGCCAGCUUGCUGGGCCUAUCCGCUCCUACCCGCCGCCCUGCAGAGCGGAAGACCUUCCGCAAAUCGACGCCGUUUUCCUCAGCCACAACCACUUCGACCAUAUAGACUACGACUCCAUCACGGCCGUCUGGCGGCAGAGCAAGGACGUCGUCCGCUUCUUUGUCCCUCUCGAAAAUAAGAAGUGGCUGCUCGACUGGGGGAUACCCGCAGACCGCGUAGUCGAGAUGGACUGGUGGGACUCAACACAACUUUCCGUUCCAGGCACAACCACCAGUAACACCUUACAAAUCCACUGCACCCCUGCGCAGCACAACAGCUGGCGCUCCGGCGCCGACGCCGACGCCUCCCUCUGGUCCAGCUGGUACCUGACCUACUCACCCCACUCCUCCUCCCCUGCCCAUGACAGCCCGUACCGCCUCUUCUUCGCAGGCGACACAGGCUACCAAUUCCACCCCGACAACCCCUUCCCCGCCUGCCCGGCCUUCGCCGAGAUCCGCGCCCGCCUCGGCCCGCCCCAUCUGCUCCUCCUCCCCGUCUCGGUCGGCCCCACCCUCGCCUACCUCCGCAGCUUCUUCGUCCCACCGCCGUGGCUGCUGCUGCCCGCCUGGGCCAACCCGCUCCCACGCCUGCGCCCUGGCGUGACCGCCGCUAAUCACCUGCCCCCGUGGGAUGCCGUGCGCGUGUUGAAGGUUAUGGCUGGGGUGAUGGGCGGGGGGCAGGAUGAUGGGGGAGGUAGUGGUGGUGGUGAUGAUUAUCAUGAUGAGAGAGGGAUGCAAGAGGUGAUCGGGACGGUAGCGGUUGCGAUGCACUGGGGCACGUUUGUCACGGAUCCGGUGGAGGUGCUGGCUACGCUGGGCGAGUUGGAAUGGGCUUGUAGCGCGCAGGGCGUGCGGUUUGCGCGGCGGUUGUCCGCUGGUGAGGGAGGGGAAAGGGGGAAACAUCGUUUGCCGGGGUCGGCGGGGAGAGGUGAGGGAGCGACGCCCUGGUUUUUGGCGCUCAAUCACGGGCAGAGUGUUUGUUUGUGAGCAUUGUGUUUGGUGUUUGGUGUUUGGUUGUGUGGUUGGUGUGGUGGAGUGCUCCCGCUUCAUUUUGGCGACAUAAUCAAACGGAACUGCUUGAUGGCCUGCCUCAAGCAUCCGCUGGUUUGCUGCGA